UUUUCGGCAAGUAUAAUUCGGACACGUUACAGAAACAUGACGAAUGAUGAACGAUUAGACAACGCCGAAUAUCGACUAGCAAUUAUUUAUUAUCAUAAUAGUGCAUCAGCACCCUAUUGCAUCUUCAUAAUCUAAGGAAAUGGACCUGACUAGUAUAGUAUCUCUAUUUCAUAAUGUUCAGUUUUACCAAUAUCACUGUGCAAUCUGGGCAGUAACUACAUGUUAAUGUACAUGUAAAAUUAUUUGAAAUGACCAAGGAAUGUUUAAUUUUCUUUGCUUUUAUUAUGCUGUUUUCCUUUGUGCCUGGAUAGUUAUGUGCAUAUUCUUGAAAUAUUUUGAUGAAUACAGGAUAUUAAAUAAGUAAUGCAGAUUCUAAACGAUACUUGUACGCGUGGUUCAUUCAUCAUAAUAUAGCAAUUUUUAACCUUUCUACGACACGCUAAGGUUAUGAACAGAGUUGCAGAAAGAAACGUGGGGUUAUAGUAACCAUGUAACCAAAUUCAUUACUCGCUUAAUAUUCGGUAUUCUACUAGAUCGAAAUGAGUUACGUGCAUCGGUAUAGAGUUUUUACUGUCGGGUUGCUAAGAAACCGAACGUGCAGUAUUUUUUUUAUAAUUCUAUACGGGUGCAGAAACACGAAUGCGGGUAAAAAGAAUAAAUGUUGAAGUCCGUAGUGUUGAGAAGAGGACUCGGCGGAUUAGCAUAUCGACGUUAUUAAUCGCCGAUAUAUUAAUAGAAAACAAAAGAAAAAAGGUAUAUUUAUUUGUAUGUGUGUUUGAAUAAAUUUCAAACGCGGUCACUGACUCGAAAGUCGCAAAACUGAAGCAGCCUGUUGACAUCUGAACUCAUACUCUAAUUAUAGAAACGAAAGCGCGCAAUGAAGUAUAUUCAACUAUACCAUUUCAUAAGAUUAGAUAGGUAAAUAAUACUAUGUUUAAAAAAAAACAUGUACAUUACAUGAAUGUUUUAAUUUUUGACCUAGAAACUACGUUAAACUUAAAGCCACAUGUUAUUAUGUAAACAAAUGUAUAUACGGUUCUUUUUUUUUAUAAAUCUACCUUUUAGUUUUAGUUUGUUGAUGUGCAUAUUAUGUGCGUAAAUUGAGAGUGAUAAUAAUAAUAGAGAGCAAUAAAAGUUUAAUUACCUGCACUUUGAAGCAGCUGUUGUCUCACAAAUUCGUUGAGUAUUCAAAGUGUCAUGCGUCGAUUAUCGAAUCUCCUCUCUGAAAAACGUGUCACCUAAAAGGCACACGAAGUAUUCGCACUAAAACUAAGCAUAUUUUUUCAACUUAGCUCGCAGUGCAAUGAUUUCAUUAUACUUAUUGACGACGAACUGUUUACCGCGAGAACAUUUUUUUUAUAAUUCAAGCAUGUUUUAGAAUCACGUAAGAUACAAAUAAUGUUCUAAACUGUGACAUCAUUGUAUAGAAUAUGUAACCCACAGAGAACAAUAGUGAUAUUCUGACUUUCAAAUAUAAUUUAAAAUUUUUAAAAUACCAUCAUCUCUACCCGUUCGUUUAAACUAGUCUGUGAUUCGGUGUUUUUCUUUUGUCAUUGUACUACUGUAUAAUAAUUAAUUAGUAUACAAUUGUAUAAUAGUAAAAAGAGUUGUUUAAUAAUCAUGUAAUUAUAAAAAGGAAAUUUGUACAUCUAGCGAUACGGAUUUCUGCCGAGUGAGGAGUAAGUCUCUAAAUAAUUUCCCCUUCAUCAUCGCAAAUUGCUUCUAAUUAUCACGUUGUUGAAAUACUAAAUAGUAUUAUUUAAACUUUAUAAUAAACCAACAAUGCAAUGAACAAACUAUUAUUUAUUAAGUACGUAUUGCUUCAUUUUAAUACGUGUAUAUAUGUAUAUCGUUUAAAUAAAAUAUGCAAAUAAUUAGUUACUUGCAUAUAUCAAAAUUAAUUCCCAUAAUAUUAUUAUAGGUAUUAUAUGAAAAUAUCUUUAUUAAAUUAAUGACCUAUUAUAAAAUUAGAAUUUGCUGUUUAUUAUAUAAACAGAUUAUCGAUCCAGGGAUGAAGAUGUUUUGUAACUUCUAUACACGUAAUCAAUAUUUUAUGCAUACUGAAACAGCAUAUAUACGUAAGUGUAUUAAAAUGAAAUGAUAUAAAUUAUAAAAGGAGGCAAGUAAAUUCCUCAACGGGCACAAAUCCACGUUCGCCAACUAUACGAAAUAUUUACUUUGCGACGCCAAUGCAUUGAAAACAAAACUAGGGAGUUUGUUGCGUGCCGACGCUAUGUCCUUUUUUGGUCAACGCCAACCAACGCUAACGGUGGGUACCGGCGAAAAUCGUAAUAAGUAUUUAUAGUACUGCGUAUUACGAAUGGAAAAAAGAAUCAUCGUUGAGAAAUUGAGAAAGGUAAGCAGAUUUCGAGAGAGGCAAUACCAGCUAGCUGCACAGAAACACAACGAGGCGUUCCUGAAGCACAACUAUUAUCAGCAAACCGCGGACUACUUCGAACGAACUUGUAGGAUCGCCAAACACUACGAUUCGUGGAAUUACAAGAGCCUAGAUCCGAAAGGUGAACUCGAAAAGGCUAAGAAAGCGGAAAGGCUUCUAACGAGAAGAAACAAAUUGCGAAACCUGUUGAGGGAAGAAGAGGAGUCGUAUAGAAGGGAGAUAGACGAACGAAAGAGAUUGACACCUAAGCCGGAAGAAUCGUCGUUGGAAAAGCUCAGGCAGAAAUUGAAAGAGAAAAAAGCCGAACAGAGUCUCUAUUAUCCUCAAACCUGUCGAAGAUACCAGUCGUACUUCGCCAGCCCUAAGGACUCUAACAGUCCCCGUUGGAACACAUUGAGAAACACCAAUCUUCAAUACACUCGCGUCUGUAGAGACUCGCCGAACACAUUCAAUCGAUCCGGGCAGAGUUCUUAUCGUAGAAACUACAAAAUGAGCGUGUACGACAACAGCUCCAAGGAGCAAAACGAUCGAGAUGCGCGACUGGAAAUGUCGGGAUCGCCAUUGUCCCAAUACAUGGACGAACAUGUAACGCCUAACUCCAAGUACUCGGCUCGAUACGCUCGCCAGAGUUUGGAGCACACAAACGUGAGAACCGAGGAUGUCGUUGACCACGAGGUAGACAGACCACCGAGUAGAGCUUCUGUUUCUCCAGAUUCCGGGAUGGGUAGGUACCCUUCGCCAACAGAGGAUCCUCCUGUUUAUGGAGACAAUAAGAACGAAAAGAGGGCUCAGCAGGUCAACAGCUACCAAGAGGUUAGAGCAGCCGGAAUGCCAUCCGAGGGUACAGCCGGAGGUCACAUCGUUAUCCCUUGGAGAGAAAAUGUUGGCCAAAGAAACGAAAGAGACGAGCACUUAGAGAAUUCGUCUGUGGCUUGGUCGCGCGAGAAUUCCGAAGCUCGUAAAGCCGAGGAGGAAGAGAAGAUUUCGGCUCGUCAGGAACAACAGAAGUUGGACAGAUAUAACGCCACGGAGACUAAGAACGCGAAAGAUACGAAGAAGAAGGACCAGCGGCAGUUUGAAGUGGAGAAAACCAUGCCGUGGCUACGCAUGGACCCUGGCAUCAAGAACCUCUCGAAACAAAUGUUUAUGUACCUGACCCACAACGAGCUGAAGACCAAGAUCGAUGACCUCGCGAAGAGGGAACAGCACGCGUGCAAUAAACACUGUUGGGACGAGGCUUUGAGACUGAGGGACAUGAGAAACAGAGUGGAACUGAUCUGCGAGAAACAGCUCUACAAUAUCGAGGACUUCGAGCUCGACGAAGACGUGAAGAAGGUGGGACUGUACAACAUCGGGAAGAGGGAAGCGGAACUCGCUCAACGCGAGAACGUCUGCACGGACACGACCCUGUACAGUCAAGAUGCAAAAGACAUGUGGCAGAAGUGGGUGCAUGAAGACGACAACUCUGCGAUCAAGGAUGCUAAACAACUGAGAGAGACGUUGAUGGACAGUUUAGAGAAAGAAUGGCAAGAUCUUGCAAUUCGCGAGAAGGAGAAGAUCACUCGAGAGUAUCAUAACGUGCUGCAGCAUUCCGAUGUACAAGAAGAGCACAAAUUGUCCGCGAAUAUUCAUGCGGCUGGAUUGAAAUCCUCCCACUCAAAUUCCUUCAAAUAAAUUAUACAUCGAGUAUUAUAAA